AUGGCCUCUUCUCAAGCUCUGCCCAAGAAGCCUCGGCUCUCUCUUCAGAUCAAGACAACAUGCAGCCCGGCCACAAGAUCAUCAAGGAGUUAUGCAGUUGAUCCCAAGGAUCCAACUGCCUUCAACACGUUAUCUAAUGUCUAUGUCACCACCAUUGAAAGAGCUACUCCAGCUCAGCCUGAACCGAUCACUGCCAUAAACACUCUACAGGCCUUCAGCCUUACAACUCCUGUGGAGCGUCAGGAUCCAAAGCAUAGAGUUGUCACGCCUUACGUUGCUUCAUAUCCCGAAACUCCUUCAUCCGACACUGCACCAUCACCACACCCAGGCUUGGAGAUUAAUUAUCCAAGCACCAUGACAGCUACGCCUCCGCUGUCUGCUGGUCCAGUCGAUUCGCACACCCAUAAAGCCUUUAGCUUCUCGCCUGCCGAUAUAUCAGCGGCCCCAGCCCACAAAGCUCACUCACAGUCCGAGAAGCGCACCCUCACUCGUCCAUCAACUCUCGCGGAACUGACCCUACAAGCACCUUACACACAUCCCCGUUCACUUCAUAGCAUCUUGCGCAACUCACCUCUUCCUCCACCCACUGCCAUUCCUCCGCCUUCUCCUCGACGACAAUCACGACGUCUGCAGGACAAGGCCAAUAGACGGGUGUGUUAUAACAAUCCUCUUACACAGGAGAUUGUAACCAACAAGUACACAAAAUCUCACAUUGACUUGCUUGUGGAAGAAGCCUCGCCUCAUUCACCCCCAUGUGUUCCCCCACAGCCCCAAAACGCCAUCGAUCUCGCUCUCGCAUUCAUGCCCAAUGAGAUCCAGGAUGGUGGACAGACUCCUGGGCCUUUCGAGGAUAUGCGUCGCCGAAUGACCGGCUUGGGUGCUUCAAAUACACCAGCCUCACCAAUGUCCCCCUCAGGACCAAAGGGUAUCUCGAAGCGAAAGAAGAAGGAAAAGAAGCGCCGUUGGGUAUGGACGAUCGGACAAGAAGACGAUGAUGACGACGAGCAUGUGGGAGGAUCUAUCGCUGCCUUGCGAGCUGAGGCUGCGAAGGCCAAGGAUGUCGAUGAUAUCAAAACACCCGUGACUGCCAUCAAAUCACCCCCGGUCACUUUUCUUACAAUACCAACACCGAGCACGGAUAGUUUUGAAAGUCUGGAUAGCAUGUUGUGUGGCAACGACGAUGUCGAAAUGUCUGACACAAGUAGCUGUCUUACGACACCAGAAGAGCCUCGGUAUAUUGCUAACGAGAUGGACCUGGACAUAAAAACGCCGAUUGCUCAACAAGACGAGAGGGAAAGUUCAGAUAUACUCCUGCUCCCCGAUCACAAUGUUGGCGGCGCCAGUGUGAAAAGGGACUCUCCAGUGCCACCUGAUAUGCUGCUGCGUGCGGAAUGA